CCUUGAUGUCGAUGAGCUGCUCCUCGGACAGCGGCUGGUUGUUGACGGGGUCGGUGCCGUUCUCCGCGAUGUACUUCUCGAUCAGCCGCCGCUCGUAGACGUGGUUGGAGACGGGCGAGACGCACGGGUGCUCGGGGACCUCGUUGGAGAUGGAGCAGAUGAGGGCCAUGGCGGGCCCUGCGCUGCCGCCCCGCUCCGCUUCCGCCCGCGGGCUCCGCUCCUGGCUCCGCUUCCGGUUCCGGUCCCGGGGCGGCGCGCUCCGCCGCUCCCGCCGCCUCACGCGGGCUCCGCCGCCGGAAACGGAAGCGCUCCCGGCGCGCCCCGCGGUGGGGGCGGGGCCACAGCGGCGCCCGGACUACAACUCCCGUGGUGCCCCGCGGCGCAGGCGCCCCCGUGCGGCGGCGGGAGCCCCGGGGCCGGAGGCAGCGCUGGGGAUGGGGGGCGACACCGGGGGGAGCCGGGCCCUGCUGGGGGCCGCGCUGCUGGCGCUGCCCUGGGCCCCCUCGCUGGCGGCGGUGGCGGCGGGGGGGGGCCCCGAGGGCUUCGGGAGCCGUGCCGUCACCGCCACCGACGACCUGCUGUGGCGGCUGGGCCACGCCGCCUGGGCCAGGCUGGAGGGCUGGCUGGGCCCCGAGCCGCUGCGGCUGCUGGCGGAGGGCCUGGCCGCCGUGCUGUGGCUCGUCUCCUCCGCCAUCUCGGCCGCCCUGGCCGUGCUCAGCGCCAUCGCGGGGGACAUCCUGAGCGCCUGCGGCCUGGGCGGGGCCUGGCUGGUGCGCGGGGCGGCGCUGGCCCCCGGCGAGGUGCAGCGGGUGCUGCUGUGGGGGCUGGUGGCGCUGGCGGGGGCCCGGCUGCUGCCGCGGCUGCUGGGGCUGGUGCUGGCCCCGCUGCGGCCGGCGCUGCGCUGGCUGAAGCUGUGCUGCUUCCUGGGAGCCUUCCUCCGCGUGGCGGCCGCCGAGGGCAGCAGCCCCACGGCGCAGGCGGCGAUGCUGCUGGGGCUCUGGGGGCUCUACGUCCUGCUGGGGGGCGGCGGGGGGCACCCCCCCAGCCCCGAGGUGCGGCUGGAAGCCGCCGUCCGCAGCCUCGAGUGGAAGGUGGAGGAGCUGUGCCGGCGGCAGAGGUGGGGGGGCCCCCAGAACCGGGAGGAGGAGUGAGAGGGUGCGGGGGGGGCCUGGGUUGCCCCCCAGCCCCAUGUGUGUGAACCCCGGUGUGUCCCCCAGCGUGUGCGCCCCCCCCACCCCGCUCGCCCCUUCCUCCACCACACGUGUGCCUGGUGACCCCGUGGGGCAGGCGCCAUCCCGGCAGCCCCCGUCCCGCUGCCCCCCGAAGCUGGGGGGCCGCUCCCCGUGCCCCCUCCUCAGUGCCUUCACCGAGCCCACAGUGCUUUGUCCCCCAGGGGGCACGACAGCAGCCCCCAGCCCCAAACCCUCGCCCACCAAAGAGCAGAGGGCAGCCUGUCCGUCCGUCCGUCUCUGGAGGUGGCUGGGGGGCGGGAAGGGGACCCCGAAGAUGGGUGUCGUCCCCCCCGUGGGAUGGCGGCCGUGCCCCGUGCUGCCGGCUCGGUUUGCAAGCUGCUUUUUGAACGGUUUUGGUAUGCGGUGCCAAAUAAAUAGUUUCACAAGUGUC